AUGGUGGAUGCUGUCUGGACCGUUAAAUUCAAACAGUCCCGGUCGAGACCGGAGCAGAGCAGCAGCGCGCGCCUACCGUCAUCCGGACAAGGAGCACACAGACACGGCAGCAGCCGCAUCCCUCUCGCCUUGCAGCAUUGCACCAUGGCCUUGGAUGUCCAGACAUUCGUUGUGUUCACGGUGAUCGCGGUUCUGGUGCUUUACCGGACGUUUGAUCCCUGCAAACAGCUGUGGUGCAGCCACCCUGACAACCCCUUCUUCUGCAAGACCAAGAAAGGACCGCCAAUUGACGGAACCAUGUGUGGGGACGGGAAGCACUGCUUCAAAGGUCACUGUAUCUGGCUGACCAAUGACAUGAUAAAGCAGGAUGGUGGGUGGGGCGUGUGGAGCCAGUUUGGGUCCUGCACUCGUACCUGUGGAGGAGGGGUGCAGUUCAGAACCCGUGAAUGUGACAACCCCAGGCCUGCUAACGGAGGUCGUACCUGUCUGGGUGCUAACUACCAGUUCCAGCUGUGUAACAGCCAGGAGUGUGAGGAGCUAUACAGUGACUUCAGGGAGGAGCAGUGCCGUAGGUUGGACACCGAGUAUGAGUUCCACAACAACAAACACCACUGGCUUCCUUAUGAACACACCGAACCUAAGCAGCGAUGCCACCUCCAUUGCCAGUCCAAGGAGACCAGAGACAAGAUCAACAUGCAGAGGCUGGUCCAAGACGGCACGCUCUGCUCAUAUAGAGACCCCUACAGCGUGUGUGUGCGUGGGGACUGUGAGAAAGUGGGCUGUGACGGCGUGGUAGGGUCCUCCCAACAGGAGGAUAAGUGUGGCGUCUGUGGAGGAGACAACUCCAGCUGCAAGAUCAUCAAUGGCAACUUCACACGAAGUGCCAAGAAACAAGGUUUCCUCAAAGUACUUGAAAUCCCUAGAGGGGCCAGACACCUACUGAUCCAGGAGAUUAAGCCAACAGCCCACAUCCUAGCGGUGAAGAACCAGGCUUCAGGACAGUUUUUCCUGAACGCGGAGGGAGACCUCCCAGAAUCCCGUGCGGUCAUAGAAAAGGGCGUGGAGUGGGAGUAUGUGAAUAAUGACCAAGACAAGGAGACACUACAGACGAAUGGACCGCUCAGACAUGGGGUCCUAAUCAUGGUGCAGUCCCAUGGAGAUGCCAAGGUGACCCUGUCCUAUAAGUACAUCAUCCAUAUGGACCUUCUCUCUGCCAUAGAGAACAAUAUGCUGCUGGAUGACUCCUCCUUCUACGAGUGGGCCCUGAAGAAAUGGUCCUACUGCUCCAAGCCCUGUGGGGGAGGUAAGCAGUAUACCCGGUACGGCUGUAGAAGGAGAGCAGACAGUAAGAUGGUCCACCGACGCUACUGUGAGAACAUCAAGAAGCCUCGCGCCAUCAGCAGAGACUGCAACCAGAAGGAGUGCUCACAGCCCAUCUGGGAAGAUGGUCCGUGGGAGCCGUGCAGUAAGACGUGUGGUAAAACGGGGUACCAGAUGAGAUCUGUUCGCUGUGUCCAGCCCUUAGACAACGGCAACAAGCGCUCCAUCCACAGCAAGUACUGCAACGAUGACCGUCCUGAGGCACGCAGACCAUGUAACAGAGAGCUCUGCCCUGCACAGUGGAGAGUAGGGUCCUGGACACAGUGCUCCGUGACGUGUGCCAACGGGACACAGCAGAGGCAGGCGUUGUGUCACACGCGUGACAACACCAUCGGUCUGUGUCUGGACAGCAAGCCAGACACCAUACGCAUAUGUCGCCUGGCGCCCUGUGCCAGAGGCUCAUCAGACCUGAAUAAGAACGGCAACAUCCUGAUCCAGUGGCUGUCCCGUCCAGACCCAGACUUGCCCUACCAGAGGAACACUUCACGCAAGCAGCGUUGUCAUGGAGACAGGUCAGUGUUCUGUCGCAUGGAGGUGCUGAUCCGCUACUGCACUCUGCCUGGCUACAAGCGCAUGUGCUGCAAAUCCUGCAGCAACGUGACAGACAGCAGCCUGAGCACCACUGCCCCUCCCCGGGUCACAGCUGUCCCCCUGCCUCGCCCCCGGCCUCUGCCUCAGCCCAAGGACAACAACACCCUCUUUCAGGCCACGGUGCAUCCAAGAAGUACAACACAUAUACCUUAUACCACGCCACGCCCAAUGAGCACCGCAGACACUUAUACAACACCCCACCCAUACUACACCACAUACCCCAUCCCCAUGACCCCAGAGCGCAGUGUGACCCCCAGAGACACAACCAGGAAGUACCCCUCAUUCACCCUCUCCACCAGCACCAGCAUAUACACUAUAACUCCCAGCAGCCCUUUCACUGAUAUCACCUUUGUCAGCAACGACACCACAGGUGCAUCAACCACAACUCCCAGUAGCCUAUUCUCCAUGGAUGAUGUCAUAAAGCCAACUGAAACCAACUACUUUGAGGAUGUCACAUCGCCCAGUGGAACCAUCCCAUACACUGAUGUCACAAUGCUCAGUGGAACUACUGUCCCCAGCGAUGACAUCAUAGAUAUGACCACCCCUGAUUGGCCGGAUUGCACAGAGUACAUAUCUGUGAGGGCCACUGUUCCCACAACAGAACAAACGACAGCCCUGCCUCCCACAACAACCAUCGCCACAAUGACAACAAAAACCCAAAAACCCACGUGGCCACCAAGCCGCCAAGAGGAGACCAGAGAGAACAACUCCAUCGAUGAUCCCUAUAACCGGAUUAUAGGAGUGGACAACGACAUCUCCCAAAACAACUUGAUCCCCAGACGAAGCCGUGUGUUCCUCAGGGAGAGAACACGGAACAAACGCAUCCAGGAACUCCUGGAGGAGAAGAGGAACUUUCUGUUGAGGAUGAAGCGGGCCCACAGGGGUGCUGUGUGA